GUUUAGAGUUAGGAGGUUACGAUAUUGUUUGUUUUGGUCAAUAUUUAUUCUAGGUUUCCCUGAUACCACCUUGUUAAUGAUUUUCAAAAAAAAUUAAAUGAAUAUGUAGGAUUAGUUGUAAUUGCAGCCUUAUUAAAAAAUAAUGAUGGUCCAGUGCGAAAUUUGCCGUAUUAGCUUAUCUGAAAAUGAUGUCCCUUUUCAUAAUAAUGGAAAGAGGCAUUUAAAGAACCUUGUCAGGCAUAAAUUGAAUUUAAAACCUGUUGUGAAAACUAUCUCUAAUACUCCAAUUGUAAAUGAGAACAAUACUGAAACAAAAGAGGGUAAAAAAGAUCUUAAACCAGAGAAAAAAAAUGUUAUUCCAACUAAUUCAAAAGAAAAUGUUGGUACUGUUGCAACUCCUACCAAGACAAUAGAUGGUGAAAAAAAAAGUAAAGAACUUGCUCAAGAUAAAAAAAACCAGCAACCGCACCAGGACCCUUCAAAAAGGCGGCAAAAGCGAAAAUUAAAAGAUGAAACUCCCAGAACUGCUUCGUUACCUUUCAUAUACGUCAAUAACCUUGUCAGUUUCGAUCAACAAGUGAUUAAUUUUGUUAUGCAAGUAGAACAAACUCAGAAUGAAUGGGCCAACAUUAAGUGGGUUUUACAAGAUGUUGAAUUUACAUUUGGACAUGUAAUACCUGGUGUUAAGCCGGUUCUAUAUGGUUCUUCUUUUUCUGGACUUGCUUUUAAAACGAGUGAUAUUGACGUGUAUCUUUAUGAUAUGAGAGGAGGAGAACCAGACCGAGGAUUUAUACAACGAGAUGGUGGGAUAAUCUAUCGGUUUAGGUUAUUUACUAAUAUUAUACGUAUACCUAAUGCCAGGGUUCCAGUUAUUAAAGCUACACAUAUAGGAACAGGAAUAGACCUUGAUAUAAGCGCAACUUCUGGACAAGCUGUUGCCAAUAGUCGCAUGAUUCGUUUUCUUCUCAGUCAUGAUUGGAGAAUAAGAAGUCUUAUGAUGUUAAUAGGUUAUUUAGGUAAAAAGUAUACACUUAUUGGAGUAAAUAAAUUUUCUAGAUACUCCAUAAAUCUCCUAAUCAUAUUUUAUCUACAGAAUUUGACAUCUCCGAUUCUGCCACCCUUAAGUCAAAUUGUUUAUGGGACACCGGGUAGAACAUGGCCAUUUGCAUUUAAUGAAAAUGUUUUUUUAUUAAUGAACAUUAAUAAACAACCAUUAGCCGAACUUUUUAUAGGAUUUUUUGAAUUCUUUGUUGAUUUUACCUUUUCAAAAUAUGUUAUAUCAACAUAUUUAGGAGAAAAAAUUGCUCAGGAAGAUAUGGAAAAGGAGGAAACUUUAGAUAAAAUGGUUUAUUAUAAAAAUUUUAUUGAAAAGGGAGGUGAUAAAAUAGUAUAUAGAAGUAUUUGCGUUCAAGAUCCACUGGAACUUAGUCAUAAUACAACUAAAGGUAUUACUGAAAAAGUGCUUUCUCAAUUUAAAUUUAUCUGUACUAAUGCUCUUCAAAUUAAACAGACAGCUGAUGAAGGGGAUUGGCUCAUCGAAAUGUUAAAAAUGGAAUACAUCCCUCCUGUGGUAGGAAAAGUUGGAAAUAAUCCCAUACCGUUAGAUGUUAAAUUUGAUUUUGAGGGCGAAAAUUGGAUUUCUAUUGCUAAGCAGUCUUUACAGUUGGUAUUUUCUUCUUUGGGAAUGGAUAUUGACUGGAGUUAUCCGGUUGUAGAAGAUGAUAAAAAAAAAACAAAGCUCUCACCUGGUUUGACGUUUUCUGUCGAAACAAGAAAUUUUAUUUUUCCUAAAGGGCUUAAAUGGUCUUUAAAGCAGCUCAAAGAAGGUAAUUACAAUUUAAAUGACCUGAAAAAAUCUCUAAAGGAAAUUUCUGAAACCAAACAUCAAACGGUAUUUUGUGCUCAAUGUUUUGUAUCACUUGACCAGCCUAAGUUACUUAGAAUAACUAUGAAAAACAAUUGCACCCAUCGAAUGUUCUUUACAAUGUUUCCCAUUUUAAGAAGUGCUUUAGAAGUCUUGCUGAAUCAUGCUUUACUUGAAAUCAACAAAACUUCAAGUGAUUUGAAAUUGACAGAGUGAAGAUUGAAUUUGUCCGAAAGUUUCAAUUGGGCUCCAACCAGCUUGAAUAAUUAUCUUAUGUAAAAUCUGGAAUGUCUAAUAUACUUCAGAAAUCUAUACUAUUUACUUGAAAUACCAUAUACUCAUGGUUUUACUUGAACUACCAAACUUGGUAAAAUUAAAAAUGAAAGACCUUUUUGGAGUUUGUCUUGCAAGAGGCAAAUGACAAACCUUCCAUUGAUUGUAAUUUAUUGACCUCAGUGAAACAUUUAGGCUGUGAUAAAUAAUAGUUUCAAUAACUUUGUUAAUAAAUUUUAAUUAUUUGUAGUAUACUUCAUGUAUAUUUUUUUGUGUUUGAACGUACUGUAUAUGUUAUAUAUCCUAAGUCUAGUAUAUAAGUGCGUACUGAUGUUUAUGAGGUAGUAAUUUAUUGACAUUUUAAUUCAAAAUUAUUGUUAGACUUGGAUAUUAUCUAUAAAUUGAAUAAUUUAUAUUUUUAUUAACUAA